AUGUUGAGCCCUACCUCUAUUCUGUGGGAUGAUGGAUAUCUGCUUUACACUUAUGGCUCCAUCAUCAUUAUUGCAUUAAUUAUUUGGCAAGUGAGAAAGAAUCACCAAGAUUUAAGAUUGGGACCUAACAGGAGCUGCUGCUGGCGUCACCGGAGAGUCAAACAAAGAGCUAAAGAUAAAACAUCAAGAGCUAGGAGACUUUCCUGGGAAGAAGCUGAGAAGCCGUGGGAGCUGCUGUCUGUCAUGAGAAGCCAGGGCUGGCUUCCUCAGGAGGGGAGCGUGCGGAGGCUCCUGUGUGCAGAUCCCUGCUGCCAAACCUGCAACGCUGUGGCUCUGGAGAUUCAGCAGUUGCUAUCAGGUGAGAACACCCUGACCACCCCUACUUCAGGGACAUCGCAGGGCUCCUCUUGCCUAGAGGUUUUGGCCACGUCUAAUGUGUCUUUUGAACAGAGUCUGGAGCAUGGCCCACACUCCAAAGACCUUUCAUUUCCAUCUGCAACCCUCACAGUGUCACAGAAAUCCUUAACCCAGUCAGCUGCCCAGUCAGCUGGUGCAGUCAGCAUCCAUGAUUUCUGGGCUGAACACCUCAUGCUAAGGCAGGGAUUUCAAGUGCCAGAGGUGCCCACGGGCCCAGAGACUAUGUUUUCUUCAAGGAUUGAGGAACCUAGGGUUUCAGUGAAGCUGCAGGAGAUGAUGCAGAGCAACCUCAACCUUGUCUGUGGGAACCAAGGCCAGCAGCCCUUAAAUUCCCAGGUCUCUCUGCUGACUCUGAACUGAGAAAUUACUACCCUGACACAUCCUGUGGCCUUGCAGAUGGUCACUGUCCUCCCUGCCCACCUGCCGUUCCUGAGUCCUGAAGUCCUGAGGCUUCUUGAGCUACAUGUAAAACAAUGGAUGCAUUUCCAGAGGUGGGGACUCCCCAGACGUGUGGAAGAGUCUCUGAGGCAGCUUAUGCCAAAUCCACCAUUAUUUUACCAACCUGUAUAUAACCAACCAGUUUCUUUCAUUCAGAAUGAUACUUCUCAGUUCUCUGUUGAGAGAUUUGGGACCAUUUCAUACCAGAACUGGGGUCCAUGUAUGGCUGGCCAGCCUACCCAGGCCUUCUGGGUUUCUGAAUGGUCCACUAUGGACCCAGAACAAAUACACUGCUACGGGCAAACCCCAAACCAUAUGACUCUUGCCUUGCUCUCUUAAGCCCUUAAAGAAUUAAGUGGCCUUUAUCUAAUGCCUGGGCAACAGGCUUAUGACUCAGUGGGCCAUGUGCAGCCGAAAUAUAGCCAGCUAUUCUGUGGUCUUCCUUCUCUGCACAGUGCGUCCCUGGUUGAUGCCUUCUUGGGUUCUCAAGGCCUCUCCAUGAAUGAGAGCAUGUCCAGGCCCUGCUUGAAGGAUCCUUUUCUCUUCAAGGAUCUCUCCUUCCUCCCUCUGCUGCCUAAAACUCCACCCCAGUCAGCUCCACCCUCUUUUCUAUCUUCUCAGAAUUGGGUUGCUCCAUCUGACCACCAACAAGCUCAGAUCAGUGUCCCAUUGACCCUGGAUGAGUGUGAAGCCUUGGAGUGGCACCUGCUGUAGAGGCAGCUCCAGCUUCAGUUGGACUGGGCAGAUGUUUCCCAGAGAGAUCAACACACCCAGAGCCCUGUGCAGUAUAAGCCCUGUGACAAAGCCCAGUCUUCUGCAACUGUGAAAACUUCCUAGCCAGGGUAUCCCAUCUCAGUCCUCACAAGAGAACUACUCUUCCCACAGCAGCAUGCCAGGACGCAGCUGGAAUUCCACCUCCAGAGACAGUUGGUUCACCACUGCUGGGGCCUGUCACAGAAGAUCCAACAGUCCGUUCAAUUGCUCCUUACCGAGCUCCUGUCCCCCACUAACCAGCAGACUAUGUCCCGGAGCAGCACAUCCCUAGACAGUGUGAAUGGCCCCUGGCCUACAUCUCUAGAGGUCGCUGGGGCUGAUGACCCAUUCUCACCCACUGUGGACCCCGUGACAGUCCCCAUGCCACACUUGUUUGACCAGGCCCAGGCAACAUUGCAGAGUCAUAUUGACUCCAAAUGUGGGCAGAUUCACCAGGGCAACGUCCCUUCCUGUGUAUAUAGCUCUUGGGAGUGCAUAAUUCCUGGGGUCCUGAAAGUGGCUCCCUUCACCUGCAUCCCAGAAAGCAAGCCCCUGGAACUACAGGCAGCAAGUGACCCAGACCUACAACAGAAAAUUAUACCCUGGAUGCCAACGGCCCUUGAUCAGCAGCAACAAACCUCACCAGAUGCUGUCAUUGAACAUCGUAAGCUGCCCUGAGCCCUGUCCGAGGGAGCCAUUGAGAAACUCGAGACGACUUGAUGGCACAAGUAUCUGGCCUUCUUGUCAGGGCUGCUGGCUCUUCAUUAUGUGGCUCUCUCUAGGGUCAUGGCCCCAGCCGUCACUUCCCAAGCCGUGAUCACAGAGAUGGUCCCUGGGCCUAUCAAAUUCCCAACAGAACCUCUGACUCAAAUGACCUCAUCUGAAGAGCAGGGUCUAAGUCCUGGGUCAGUCAGGCUUCAAGAUGCCAACAAGGCUUGUGCAGACAUUGCGGAUGAAUUCCAGGCUGAAGUGCAGGUGGAAGAAGUAAUUGAGAUGGUGCCUCUAGAAAGUCAGACAGAGCCUGCGAGGCCCUCCUCACUUGGAGAACACAUCUUGGCCAAACUAAAUUUCCAUCUGAGAAAAAAGAUGCUAGAGAUACAACUGGGAAUUCCCAUAAAGGCAAGGAAGUCCAGGAAACAAACUGUAGCAACCUCAGAGAACAUAUGCACACAGGAGUCUCUUGGGAGUCUAAACAACCAAGGAAACACACUGCUCCAGGAACUCCCCAUCCCACGAGAUAUGCCACGUGCCCCAGAUCCAGAAUGUGUCUAUCUCAAAUAACAGCUGGCCACUGAGUUGAAGGCAGUGUAUCAGAAACAGAAGCAACCCAGUUCUAGUGUAGUAUCCCAUGGUUCUGUCCACUGGGCCUCCAAUAUCUCGCAACCCAGUGGGGACCUGACAGAGGCCCAGGUGCUUUGUGGUCAGCUGGAGGCCAGUGUGAACAGCCGCAGCCUGAAGGAGCCCUGGAGCCCUGAGCCCCAAAGCCCUGACAAGAGCAAGGACUCAGCCCAAGUACCCACAAUGGCAGAAAAGAGAGAGGAGCCAGGCAAACCCAAAUUGGCUGGGGACCACGGAGAGGGGGAUGCCGGGGUUGCAGUCUUCUCCACAAGAGAGAAAAACCACUCUGCUGAAGUCCAGAAGCCAGAAGGGAUGCUUCUGAAUGGGACACCCUGCAGCCCCUGGUGACGGAGACAUCGCUUUCACCCUGAUGCUCCCUGUCAACACAGUCCCCAGCAUCGCCCUCAGCUUAAACUCCCGGAGCUACCUCCUGGAGUCCCUGGGGGGAAAGACUCAGAGAAGAAUGACCUGCAAGACAGUCAAGCCAAGCUCAAUGUCAUCCUCAAACCAGCAAGGGUUCCUGAGAAUGACCAGCCUGUGGUGCCCCAGGUGUCACAGGGCCAGCCUUUCCUGGGCCAAGUCACUCUGAGUAAGCCGUUGCAGGGUCAAACUUUACAAGGUCAGGUUUUUCAGGGGCAGGUGAUGCAAGGCCGUACUCACAAGAGGCCCAGCUUUCCAGAAUCUGGCUGGAGAAAUAAGAUGAAAUCUUUUCUUAUUAACCGCAAGACAAAAGGCAAAGGGCAUGAGGAAUCCAUGUCCUCCACAUCUGAGAAAGUGGCCAACAGCAGAAAAGAAAAUGUGGAAAAGAACCUGGCUUCAGCCAAAAGUCCCAAGGGGCAAACUAAGACGGAGAAGACAAGAGGAGACCCUAAGGCCCAAUUUCCGCCCACUGAGAAGCAGGUGGGCUUGACGUUCUUGGAUGUGCCCCACUCCCCAGACAGUAAGCUCCGGCACUGCUCCCGCUGCCAUCAACUCCACUCUGCCUCAGUCUUGGGCAUCCCCUGCCACUGCCCUCAGCACUGUCUUCAAGUGGCUUGUGUCACCCAACCAGGGAACUCACCCUAAUUCCCAACUCUCACCUCAGAGGGAAACACUGGUCUGCUCAAGAAGACCCAGCUCAGUCAAGAGACUUUGUAGUCUCUCCAACGUCUGCAUCCCUUGAAGAGGACUGCUACUGUCAUUUUCAUUGAUGUGCAGGUGGACAGAGUGCCACCCAAAAUACACUGUAUAUCUCUAAGUAGAGAGGUGUGCGUCUCUGCUCCUUCUCUCCACUGUGGUGUGUUCAGGGAAGGCAUAAGGGAGGUAAAUGUCCUUCCUGUCUAGGGAAGGGGCUUUAACCCACACUUAAGCUGGGUAGCAUUCCACCCCACCCCCACCCCAGAUUAUGGAUAAAGGGACUUGAACAGAGAAGGAAGGCCCUUGUCUAAGGUACAUUGAAGGUAAAGGUCAUGCUUGAAUUUUAUCAUGGUGUCCUUCGGCCCAGAGGAGCAAUGUGGACAUGAGGCUGGAACUGUCAAGGAGGAGUGGCCAGGAAUCUCACAGGCAAAAUUCACUGAUGACUUCUAUAUGUGCCCACACUCUGGAAGGGAGGUUUUUAGGAGAGUGCCAGUGUUCCAGCCUUGAGCAGUUGCUUUGUGUUUAUCAACAGCAUAUCGGUAAUAUGACAACAGUCAAAAGCAAAUGAUAGAAUCUCCCCUCUCUGCUCCCUGUUGGUUAUUGGUUAGAUCUUUCUGGAGAACUCACUUGGGAGGCUGCUGUAGCUCUAUUGCCUCUAUCCCACCUCCACUGUCUAUCAGCUGCAUGGACUGAAUGACACUGGGAAUGAAGAUCACAGUAGAACAUGGAGGGGGGCUGGUCCCCACUCCCAAGGGUAGGCAGGGAGAGAAGCAGGGAUGGAGAGCAUGUAGAUGGAGGUCUGAAUACCUGGGGUAGAAGAUGACAUGUUCCUGAAGAGGGCCUGAUAAGAGAAAAGGCUGGUUAGCUAUGUACUCUAAAGAACCUUGAGCCAGGAAGCCAACCCAAUAACCCAAGUGCUUUUAGGGGAUGGAGAUGAAUAAACUGAGUUUUGGUCCGUUGUCCAUAGUGUGAUGAAGAGCAGUGAGUUGAGGCUUGUUUUCAAAGGCAGUGCAUAUUAAUUUAAAAUUUCUGAAUACUCACCCUCAACCCCACAAAACUGUUUUCCAGUGUCAGGGAUUGGUAUAACUAUAAAUCUGUGUUUUUGCUCAGCUCAAACAUGAAGUCCGUGACUGUGUUCUAAUCUUGAUAUAUCUCAACUUUGCCCCCUUUUUUCUGUGUUUACUGCCUCUGCUUGUUAGAUUACUCAUCCAUUCUUGCCUAAAUAAUACAAUAGUGUCUCAUAUCCCCAGAGCUUAGGAUAGUGGUGGCAUAAUAAUACCUUAAUAGUACUUGAAUUGAAAGUCUGGGCUUGGGAGGCAGUCAAAUCAUUACAUUAGUAAGAUGAGUGCUAUGGAAUAGGGAAUGCUGACACAUGAUUGCUGGGGUACUCAGCUCAUGAGGACCUCAGACAGGUCACAAUAAAAAUAACCUUAAUUAUGCUGUACACCUGAAACUUAUACAGUGCUGUAUGUCAAUUAUAUCUCAAAACUGGACAAAAAAGAAGUUAAAAAACAAUUUUGAGAAAUAUCUUACACUCAGUUAAAAUAUUUACUUACUAUAUGCAAGGGACCAUAGCUAACAUGACAAAGACAUAGGACUUGCACAAUGGAGCUCAUGAUUGCAUGGGAAAGUCUCACAUGCCCAAAUUGUCUAAUCAACACAUAUACUUGAAUGUCCAAUAUUCACCUCAAACUAUAGAACAAUGAACUCCUGAUUCCCUGCUCCAAGCCAUCAUCUAAUUACACAUAUGAAACAUUCUCCAGUCACAGUAUUCACAACAUCACUUAAUGGCAGCUCCAUCUUUCUAGUAGUUCAGGACAAAAACAUUGGUGUCAUCCUUGACAUUGUUUCCCUGACUGUCCAUAUCCAGUCCAUCCUGUUGUCUCUACCUUCUGAAAUGAAUUCGGAACAUGACGACGUCUCUCACACACUCUGCUGCUAUGAUUACUGCAGUAGCAUCAUAACUAAUCUCCCAGCUUCUGCCUGAGACCAUACUUCCAACAGUCUAUUCUCAGCACAGAAAUUUGAUGGUCCUCAGGGAAGGUCCUGGCUGUAAAAGACUAGAUAGAAAGAUAGAUUAAGAUUGAAUGAUGAUGAUGAUGAUGAUGAUGAUGAAGAUGAAGGAGGA